AAAAAUAAGGGAACAUCAACAUACCUUUUUAAGGUAUUUUAAGGUUAAGAAGCUCCCAUAUAAAUUCUUCAAUCAUGGAAAUUUUCCUUCCUUCCAUCACUAUUCAUCACAAAUUCUUCUUUUCAUUAACUAAAACCCCUGCUUUCCAUAGACCCUCAACAAAUUCAACAAAACCCCAUCAUUAUAAAGUCGUCCCUCACAAACAAAACACACUCCAAAUUCAAGAUUUCCAACAAAAUUGGACCCUCAAAAGAACUUUAUUUGAAAAACUCAAACAUAAAGAUUCAAACCCAGUUCAGAUUCUUGAACAAGAUGGUGAUUGGAGUAAAGAUCUUUUCUGGGCUGUUGUUGGAUUCCUUAACCAAACCUCCAAAUCAAACCACGUAUUGCAGGUAUUUGAAAAAUGGACUAGUAACGAUGAUUCACGGGUUAGCGUGUUUAAUUACGAGAGAAUUGUGAGGUUAUUAGUUGAAGAAGGACUAAUAGAAGAUGCAAUAUUGGGUUUGAAUAAGAUAAAGGGUGUUUACGGUGUGAAGUCGUGUUUAGAAAUAUAUGAUAUGGUUAUUUUUGGGCUAGUUAAAAUGGGUCAAUUUGAUGAUGCAUUGGUUUAUCUUAAGGAAAUGGAAGAUAAUGAAAUGAAGGCGAGUACCGCGGUUUAUAAUGUUUUAAUAAGAGCUUAUGCUGAAAAUGGUUUGUAUGAUGACAUGGCAAAGUGUGUGAAAAGAAUGGAAGUGAAAGGAUGUUUUCCUGAUCAAUGUACUUAUAAUUUGUUGAUUAGGACGUUUUCGUCAGCUGGAUUGAUUAAAAGGAUGGAAAAGACGUAUAGGAUUGUGAUAUCGAAAAGGAUGGAUGUUGAAGAUACUACCAUGGUGGCAAUGCUUGAGGCAUAUGCUAAUUUUGGGGAUGUAGAGAAGAUGGAUAAGGUUUAUAGAAGGGUUUUGAGGUUAAAACCGAGAGUUUAUUUGAGUGAUGAUUUGAUUCGUAAAGUGGCUGUUGUUUAUAUAGAGAAUUAUAUGUUUUCUAAGUUGGAGGACAUGGGUAUAAAUCUUUAUUCCAAAAGUGGCAACAACGAUAUCGUGUGGUGUUUAAGGUUACUUUCUCAUGCUUGUCUUUUGAGUCGGACAGGAAUGAAGUCUGUGGUUCGAGAGAUGGAAUACAAGAAAGUUAAAUGGAGUGUGACAAUUGCAAACAUAAUGUUGUUUGCAUAUGCUAAAAUGAAAGAUUUUGAACGUUUUGAUGUCGUGCUUUUGGAAAUGGCGGAUCGUAAAGUGAAACCUGAUAUUGUUACUUGUGGGAUCUUGAGUGAUGCACAUGGCUGGGCGGUUGAUAGGGCCGGUGAGCUGGGUUCUUGGAGAAAGAUGGGAUUUUUUAGGGAUGUUGUGGAACUGAAAACCGAUCCGUUGGUUCUUGCUGCUUUUGGAAAGGGUGAUUUCUUAAAAACUGUUGAAGAACUAGACCAAAUAAAGAGCAAAGAUUGGACUUAUGAGCAUCUUAUUAAGACGGUUAAUCAACAUCAACAUAGAAAACAGAUUAAGGUAUAAAUAAUUUUAUGAAUCAAACAAUUAGAUAUAUGAUCUGUAAAUUUGUAUCUAUUUUCUGAAGACUUAAAGCAUACAAACCAAGUCUUCAGAAACAAUCCAAAUUAAGUUAUAUUUACCAUUAGUUAGCUA